AACACCAUCUUUUCUCACCGUUUGCGCGGCGCGUAGACUUUGAAGUAGUACAGCCGGCGUCUGAGAUACGAUAACCUCGUACUUUGUCAUACGCAAAGGCAUAAGGCGAUUUUUCCCGAGACGCCGGUUACGCUAGUGGCUUCCUACCUUCCAAUUUCUUGUCAGCCAUUCCUCAUCUGGGCAACGUUCAUCAACAACACAUCUCAUCGUCAUUAUCUAUGCUUCAGCAUGAGCUCCAAGGAUAAUCUGGCAUAUGAUCUCGAACACGGCGUGAAGCGAUGGGAUCGAAGCCGAUGGGUUUCUGUGUUCAGCAGCCACAGUCCUACGAUACGGGAAGUAACCGAGUGCCUUGGUCUGGGCUUGUCCGCCUCCAGCUCAACAACAAAUCGCGGCAUCCCCAAAUUCGACAAUCCCGACUAUCGCAAGCUGUCAAGUGAAGUCACAAAGCUGUCUAAGGAACUACCAAAAGAGAGGGAUACUUUACUUGAUUUUGCCGCUGAUCCGAUCAGCUUGGAUGUCGAGCUCGAGGAGCUGCUCGGUACUUAUGGACCCGCUAUUUGGGGCAGAGAUGCGGAUCGUACUUGCCUGCUCACCCCUGACCCCACCAAGAAGACAUACAACAAAGACCUGUUGUACGAGGAGCCAGAACAUAAGGAAAUUCUCAAGAUACAUCUCCAUCGAUGGAUCAUCAUCAAAGCAUGCUACUAUAUUCGAAACAUGAAGCUUAAGAGAGCUUCGGGUAUAAACGACAAUGACUCGACUGUCGAUUUGGAUGGCGAGGGUGGUUCACCACGCGGGACACCGCAGUCGCUCACGCCAAAUCGGGAUGCAUCUGCUGGGGCUGAGCUUGACGUCAAAGCAAUCAAUGGCAAAAAGAGAAAGAGCGGUAUGCACACGUCAAUCUCAGAUGGUGAAGAUCACUUGUCACCGCCUGCAAAGCGACCAUAUCACACUAUGCCCAUUGGAAGAAGGAGUAAUAGUCCCCGUAAAGCUCUCAAGUCUCUCUUUCCAGCAGGUGCCAAUGGCAACGAGCAUAUCCCACCCGUUCCAAGCUAUCUUACAGGCAAACUGAGUCGCCUCUCGUCACCCGCAGCUUCUGGGCCUGAGCCUGCAAGGUCGCAACCUAGUCAUCUGUUAAGUAAUGAGCUCGACAAGGUUUCAAGAUCACCCAGUGUUGUUCCGGCACCAGGGUCCACUGGCUUCACGGCGGUGAACAACGGGAGCUUCACAGCUGUGAACAUCGCACCUUCUGUUCAAGCGUCUGCACAUGAAGAUUCUCGUGCACCAUCGAAAGAACCGCAGCGAGACUCGGCAGCUCAGAAUCAUAGUGAUGCUCGCAGCUACACCAGCCCUUACGAGUCUACGCCAUACAUCACUACUAUGCCACAUCGUACUUCUGAGCCGCGCUCUAUACCCUCCCUUGGCGCUACAAUGACUUCCUCUCAAGGACCCCAGGCGACAAACUCUUCUGUUGUCACCAACGGAACCAAUGACCGAGAAUCCUCCGCAGCUCCAAAUGGUCGGCAUGCACUCAUUGCUCCUCAACCUCAACCUCAACCUCAACCUCAACCUCAACAUCAACAACAGGCCUUCAAACCUACAUAUGCUCAGCAUGAUCCCGAGCCAAAGCUUGAGUCGCAUGAUGAAGCGCCAUCACGACCCCAGUCUCAAAUCCGCCAUCGACAAUCUUCAGCUCGAUCACCUAGUCGAGCCAGUACCCCCACUAGUCAACAAAUUGGUCGCCCAUUCGUUCCACAUUCUUCCAGUAGAUCUAAUACACCACUUGCGCAGGCCGCGAGUAACAACCAGCCUAUUUCAGCCCCUAAUACACAGAUCAUAGCUGUACCCAACCCGCAGAACGUCCCUGCUGCACCAAUCAGCCAACUACCCCCACCCAUGGUUUUGCAACACCAACCACAAGCAAUCUUGAAAAGUCAGCCAGUUGAACCAUUUGACCCUAGACAGGACGCUACGAGCGACCUGCGCCUCAUGCAGUGCGAAGUUCUCGCCCUGCUGAUGCAGUACCUCUUCCCCAACCCCACCUCACCGCCACACGAACAGAUAGUGCUCCACCGAUUAAAUCAACUCUGGUACAUGGGUGAAGCUGUCUUUCGCCCAGCGAUAGGGCCCUAUUACGACCUCACAUUCAAAAUAUUCAACGCAUGGCUCCACGAACGUCAAAACCUCACUGCCCUCGGUCAUUCUAUCGCUACACAACCUGGUGUGCACACUGCAGGGCUCAUCGACCGGUUACUAGCAAUGAACGACCUUCGGGCUAUGAGACUGAAGUGGAAGAACAUGAGCCCCGUUGACGGCGUGAGUCCAGAGGAUCUUCUCUGCAGAGCGUUCUCGAUCAUGACGAAUACCGAAAGGACAGAGCAGAUUUUCAAAGAUGGGUUGGAGCGGCUGAACAUGGAUGUGUUUGAGUUCUUGAGGAGAGAGGAUGCCCGCAUCAUUGUGGAUAGACGAUAACUCCGUCUCUCGUUCCAAGAUCGGCCCACCUUAUUUGGAGGAUUUAGCCUGGACGCACAAUGGGCUUCAGCGCAACCCCUGGAUCCAAUACACAUGUGGAUCACAGCUGGCCCGCAUAAAAUUCGGCUUCGGAUGCUUCGGAUGCAUCGGAGUUCUUCUACACAAAAGUAUGGAUGUCACUCUUUUUUUUGUUCUAAAUUUCCUUUGUCGAUUUGAGACCUUCUUAGCGAUGGCGUUUGGACGCCUACUUGAACCUAAGGACUACAUCGGAGCACAUUGCUUCUUCACGCGCAUUGUUUUACUAAAACGAACUCUUUUGUAAUCAUCAGACUGUGGAGCUGUACGUAGUAAUAUCGUAACGUUUGUUCGCGAACAUAAAAACACCCUCAAGCGU